GCAACAUAAUUUGUGGAUCUAAAAGGAAUUUCUAUAAAAUAAACGAAAAUAUAUAUUGUACAAUCGACCUUGGAAGUUGGGAGUAAUUCUCUUGAAGCCCCAAAAUUCUGUGGAGUUCCUACAUUAAAGAGAUUAUUUACAGAAAGGGCAUAUAUAUAGCUAGCUAGAAGAAGCUUGGCAAGAAGAUGCAAUGGCAGCUUCUAGUAAACCAAGGCUGUCAGGUAUGCAAAAGCAAGUGCUUGCUCUGUAUAGAGAAUUCUUAAGAGCCGCACGAUCUAAAGCCCCCGAAGAACGUACCAGAAUCGAGUCACUUGUCUCUUCAGAGUUCCAUCGCAAUUCAUCACAGGUUGAUCGAAAGAAUUUUCUCUACAUUGAGUAUUUACUUCGGCGUGGCAAGAAACAGCUGGAUCAGCUCAAGAGUCCGGAUACUGUCGGAUUGUCAUCCUUAAAUAUCGAAGAUUCUCAGACAAAAAGAUCUUAGUGGCGUUCUAGAUCAAUCAUUAUUUUUUAAUAUAAUGUUUUUCACCAUUUAUGGGUGAAAUAUGUACUAUCAGAAGAAGCAGAAGGGAUGAAGAUCUGCCCGCUGACAUGCAAUUUAAAUUUUUAGUUACUUGGAUACUAUAGAAGUUGUAAUGUCAGAGUUGUGACAUAUUGAUGGUAUACAAAAUGACGUCAAAUUUCGUAAUUUUCUCGUAAUGCUAUUUAUGAAUUUUAUCA